AUGCUGGCACAUGUCGAGAACACUGACCUCGAGGCAGCACCGCAAAUCGCCGACCGCAGUCCAGACGUCCUUCGACAGCACGUACUCCACGCCCUUUCCUUACGCCUCGACGUCCUCCACCGACGAAUGACCAUCCCUGUCGAAAUGCUGCUCGAUACGUCCGAUUUUGAAGUCAUUUCGUCGUGUUCAUCCCCGCUUGAAGCAUCGCCAACACAGACGAUAUCGAUCCCAUCUGCAUUUGCAUGGAUCGACGGAGACGAGUUCUCAAAGGAUUUCAGGAGGCUCAAUCCGAAGGAUCCGUACUCUCAACUUUGGAACAAGUUUUGGGGGAAUACUUCUCAGUUCGAGGUCACGGAGGUUCAGGAAGGGGCCGCGGCGGUACCUGCUUCGAACAGAGCUGGGGACUCGCCAUCCGCUGCAGAACAGGACGAUCGCAUCCCGGGCUGUCGUGUCCUCGACAUUGGUGUCCCUAACCUCAUUCUGAGGCUCUUCGUGCGAAUGGGCCGCCGGGACUUCCGGCAGUCGGGAUCCUCAUGGGUCACCCGGGCGUCGAGCAUUUGGACGCUUUAUGCCCUGAUAAGGCGCCUUGCCGGUCGGAAGGCAACGAUCCUUCAUCGAGGCAAGGAGAAUAUCCUUUUCGUGCAAGAAGGUGUUUACGAGUUCUGUGACACCAAAUUUUACCGGUACUUCGACGCCAACGUGUGGGCGCUCGUAGAUUCGGACAUAGCUCCGGAUGGGCUUCCGCGCUCCCUCGUGAGGCGCGAAGCGGCACUUUUCGUGGUCUUCGCGACGUUCCCAUCCGAGCAACGUUGGGAGUGUGUACUCGAGAGUGCGUCUCAAAUUCUGGUUACUAUGAACCCGUGGACCAGAUGGGAGAUCCAUCAAGCUGCACUGGCGCAGGGAUCCGUCGAUCUUAAGAGCGUCGACGAAGCGUUUGAUCUUCUCGGUCCCCUUCCAAGGCUAUGCGUCGAUCUUCCCUUACGCCCGAAGGACUUCGAGCGCUACAAGGCGCAUCUCGAGCGCACACUUUCAGGCAGGUCGUCUUGGAAUCCCCCAUCCUGCUUGAUCGAAUCCGGUGCGCUGCACGUGGACAAGUCGCUGCCGCUCAAUCUGGUAGUGGUCAGCCGUGCUGAACGCAACGAUGUGGAGAGCGAGAUGAGCCUACCGCUUAUUACGCGAUAUGUCGCCCGUAGGCUUGCUGCCAUUUCUGCUUUCAACGGUCAUCUUUCUCAGAAAGAUGAUGUCCAGGCUUACAAGUUCUUUACGACCCUCCCCGAUGCGCAUUCUCUUGAUGCUCUCCUCUGGGAUGUUCACGCUAGAAAGGCCCUCAAAUUCUCAUCUCCGAGCAUCUACUUGUCUGAGAUGCGCCGACGGGAGAAGAAUUCCAGGAGCUUCCGUCUGGACAGCACUACAUCCUCAUUCAGCCACUGGUUCUCGCUAUCGUACAAAGAGCGUUUCUAUGUUGAUGAGGACCUCAAAGAUCUGGAACGCGACACACAAUACCUCUCGCUCGAUAACGGGCAACAACUAUUCCAUUCUUUCUGUAUUAGGAACGGCUUUCUGUACAUUUUCCGACUCACCAUGGCGGCGGAGGAACACGUCGACCUUGGACUCCUCCACUUUUUUGCCGGACGUGGGGGAGUGCCUGAGGUUGACAAGUGGCGGUUUGUGUUCAUGGUUCCGUACGGUCAUCAGAUGUCUUGUAUCGUACCGCAAGACGAGAACCUGGCGCAGAUCGUGUUUUACACGCAACAAUACUCUCUCCCUUAG